GGACUUUAAAUAGAGGCUGCAGCGGAGCGCGCGUAUAACGGUCUGAAGAGCUGUGAGGAGGCACUAAAAGGGAGAUCACUUCAAAUCAGUGACUAUUGGCUUCAGAUACUUCUGAUCGCUUUUUGAUUUUUUCCUAGUUACUUAACCAAGUUCUCGGACUUUUUAAUUCAUUCAACUCUUCCGCUCAGCUGUAAUCUGGAUACGAUGGCCAGCUCGGGACUGCAGCUCCUCGGUUUCUUCCUCUCACUGGUCGGUGUUGCUGCCACUGUUGCCGCUACUUUCAUGGUUGAAUGGAAGAAGCAGUCCCAGGGCAAGACGCACCGCAUCUAUGAGGGCUUGUGGAUGACCUGCAGUGGCAAUGAGAGAACAACCUGUGAAUUUCACCAGUCCCUCUUGAAGCUGCCAACUGAGGUCCAGGCUACCAGGGCUGUGAUGCUGCUCAGCAUCUUCCUCUCCACUGUGGCGCUGCUGGUCUCCACAGUGGGAAUGAAGUGCACCCGCUUCAUGGAUGGCAAGGCUGAGAGCAAAUCCACAACAGCUAUGACUGGAGGAAUCAUGUUCAUGGUUGCAGGUUUAUUGACCCUCAUCAUAACUUCCUGGUAUGUCAAAAUGAUUGUUCAGACCUUCCAUGAAUCCCAUCGCCUGCAAAGCUUUGAAUUUGGUAAUGCAGUGUUUGUCAGCUGGUUCGGUGGCCUCCUCACUAUGGCUGGUGGUGCUUUCCUGAGCUGUCGGAGAUGCUCGCGGUCCCAAGCAACCGAGUCCAUAAGCGUAAACCACCUCCUCCCCACCACCAACUACGUCUAGUGGAGGGGAGCAAGGGAGGGGCCAGGCCUUGAUACAAUCAGUCCAGCGGUGAAUUUACAAACUGGAGCAGGUUUUGUUUCUACGAUGAGGAAAUGUCCCACUGCAGGAUUAUAAAUACUACCUACUGAACAUCAAGACAGUAACCAGGAUCAGAAUUACACAUGAGAUCAGGCUGUGUGUAAUGACUUUGAGUCCCAUUUUCUAGCUUGUUUGUUGAAUGUUUCUGUUUCAGUACAACAGAAAUAUAAUUAAGGAUUCAAUUUUUAAAUUACUUCAGUUUACACACAAUGGACUUUGUUAGCCUGUUUGUAUGAAGUCAUAAAGUUACUCUUCAUAACUAGCAAUGAAGUACACUCAAUAGUUUACAGUGUAGACAUGAAGUUUUGACACUCUGUAGACGCAAUAAUUCUAUACUUUUAUGGUGUACUUUGACAUACAAAUCAUUCCCUUUACCUCUUCAGUUUCACACUGGUUUACUGUUUCUAUAGAUUUGUUUGUGUAUGUUGUUAAUUGUAUGACUAAAGUUUUAUAUUUUCCUGUCGUAUUUCCAUGUACUUUGGUUGUUUUUAUUGUUAUUUGGCAGUUUAAAAGAUGUAUGUACAUUUUGAAAAGAUAAAUGAAACUAUUUUGUUUUCUUCAUGUUCUGUUAUUAUAUUACAUACACUAUUAAGCUUCAUUUUUUGUGUAUAACUCAAGAAAUCACUGCUGACGUGGUAAAUUCUUAUCACUCAAGUUUAUAUAAUUAUAUUGUGUUAUAAUCAUAGCACGUUUGUUCGUUCUGUAAAAUUCUGUUGUCCAAAUUUUGUGAUUACAAGCAAAUUGAAAUUAUAAAAUGAUGUAAUGCAACAGUAGAAUACUGUUCAUUGCAUUUGACAUUAA